AGCGCCCCGCCGCCGCCUAUGAGGGCGCCGCGGGGCCGGGCGAGCCAUGGACGGCGGCGGCGGCGGGGCGCCGCCCGCCCUGGAGAAGAACGCGGCGGAGCUGACGGUGAUGGACGUCUACGAUAUCGCCUCGGCCGUGGGGCAGGAGUUUGAGCGGGUGAUCGAUCAGCACGGCUGCGAGGCCAUCGCCCGCCUCAUGCCCAAGGUGGUGCGGGUGCUGGAGAUCCUGGAGGUGCUGGUGAGCCGCAACCACAUCAACCCCGAGAUGGAGGAGCUGCGCCUGGAGCUCGACCGCCUGCGCCUGGAGAGGAUGGACCGCAUCGAGAAGGAGAGGAAGCACCAGAAGGAAUUAGAACUGGUGGAGGAUGUCUGGAGAGGGGAAGCACAGGACCUUCUUACCCAAAUUGCACAGCUGCAGGAGGAGAAUAAACAACUGAUGACAAACUUGUCUCACAAAGACAUUAAUUUCACAGAAGAGGAAUUUCAGAAGCAUGAAGGAAUGUCAGAGAGAGAGCGGCAAGUCAUGAAGAAGCUGAAGGAAGUGGUAGAUAAACAGAGGGAUGAAAUCAGAGCAAAGGACCGGGAACUCGGACUUAAAAAUGAGGAUGUAGAGGCUCUUCAGCAGCAACAGAACAGGUUAAUGAAAAUUAACCAUGACCUGCGGCACCGGAUCACCGUUGUUGAGGCUCAGGGGAAGGCACUGAUCGAGCAGAAGGUGGAGUUAGAAGCAUAUCUGCAAACCAAGGAGCAGGAGAUGGGCAACCUGCGAGCAGAGCUGGGCAAGCUGAAAGAAAAACUGCAGGGGGAGGACAGCCAAAAUGGGGAGGAAGUAAAGACAGAACCAAACAACGAUGACUGCCUCUCGGAGUCAGAAAAGAUGGCAAUGGACUUGAAAGAUCCGAAUCGCCCAAGAUUCACCUUGCAGGAGCUUCGGGAUGUCCUUCAUGAGAGGAAUGAAUUGAAAUCUAAAGUGUUUUUACUUCAAGAGGAGCUUUUAUAUUACAAAAGUGAGGAAAUAGAAGAAGAAACUAGACCCCCUCAACCUACACCCAUAAUUCAGUCAAAACCCCCAACUCAGCCUGAAUCUGGAAUCAAACGACUGAUCUUUACAGCCAUAAUGCCCAUGGUAGCAGCUGGAUUGAUUCCAGACGAUCCCACAUUGCAGCCAAUAAGAAGACUUGUGUCCCUUGUUUAGUUUCUUCUCUCGUGAUAAGAAACGUAUGCAGGCGUCACAGAAAAAUGUCCACUUCCAGGACACUUUUGGAGAAUGGUCAAAUUCACAUAAAGAUGACUCCUACACCGAACAAGGACAAGAAGCCCUGCAGCACCUGUGACUAAAAGCUUGAGGUGUUCAGUUUACUGCAGUAGAUCUCGACAGUCUAGUAACAAGAAGCUUCUGUAAAACAAAUCCGGUGGCUCCUCACUUCUGUUUGCCUUGCACACCUCAGUGGCUGUGUCUCAGAUGUACUCUUCAAAAGGGAGCCCUCACCGUUUUUCUUGGUGACUGUUUGCUGAAAACAGAAUCCAAGCUCUGUAGUAACAGUCGCUGAUCCCCUGGGACAUCGAAGCUUCUAGAUGACUUGUUUCGUGCUGAAUAACAAGUCCAUGGUCUUGUUCAUGCAUUAACUACAGUAACACAAGCUUCUUUAAACCAAAAAAAACAAGGACCUGUGCCGUUAUUAGGAGUUUGUUUGCAGUGUACAAUAUCUAGUGGCAAAGACUCUUUUACCCUGUUUGUUAACACUAUCGGUUGUUUGCUUUUUAUUUCUGUAAGAGUUUUUUUCAAGAGGGAUGCGACAGCAGCCGCUCUCCGUGGCGGGUCUUAGCACUGCUGUGUCCUGUCCAGCUCAGCUGGUGUCUGCGUUUUGCAGAGGAACCGCUUGGAAGUCCACCUGAUACAAACUGAUGAACUGGAGUAGCCUUGAGAGGGAUAGUGAGUGUACGUUUCCCUUCCUGCUUAUAGUGCCUAAAGCAUGAAGAAACCCACGUAUGAGGUGAGCGUGCCUUGCAUUUUGCCAUGAGUUCUGCAGUAUUAAUGGAAAGCAAGUUGCUUACAAGGAGGAAUUCUAACACUUGAAUUUUGUCCUUCUUACCAGGGACUUCCCCCUAGAGCAGCAGACACCUGCUGGAAAGGAAUUAGGUCUCUUUCCCACAGACAGGUUUUUAAGUCACACUCCACUUUUCUGUCCAGAUAAGGCUGCCUGACUUCAGAGUGAGACACAUCCUCAACGAGCUGACAUACGCUAUUUCAACUGACUCAGAGAAGAGGUUUUCUCUGACCAGUCCAGACACUACUUGGGCAGAGCAAAUGAAUCCUCUAUGUGCAGGCUGCUCCCCUGGUUGAUGUCUGGGGGGCAGCAGUUACAGGGGCUUCACUUGGCAGCAAAAGCCACUAAACUCCAACUGCCCCAGGUCCUGAACGUAGGAGGAAGCCUCGAAGGGCUCCGGGGUGAGAGCGAGCCAGAGGGUUUAGUGCUGGCCAGUUGGCUUUGGCUUUAAUACAGGGUGAGCCAAGACUGUGGAAUCUUGGAUGUGUAUGGGCAGCAAAUGGCCCAUCUAGAAUGAAACUGCCAGGGAACUGGUUUUGCAGUGAUGGGCUGGAUGGGGCUCUGCUCCCCACUGUAACUGUGCUGUGUUUUGGACACGGACCCUCCACGUCCUCUAGGCAGAGAAAGUGUUUACUGUGCCUCCCUGGUGUCACUGCAGUUGGGGGCAGGGGGGAAGUGGCCUUAUCUGAAAGACAUCUGCAUUUGAAAUAGUGACGGUAGCGUCUGAUGCUAGUAUUAGGCAGAUAUGCUUUUGCCUGGUUACAUUUUGGUAACAUAUUUUUAAGUUUUAUGCUUACAGAAAGCCGUAUCCCUUAAACAGCAGCACUUCCCCCCCUUGCCUGAAAAGCAACUCUUAAAUGGGGGGGGAGUGUCUUCAUUUAAUGAUACUUUAGUUGCUGAGAUCUCAGUUUCAUUUCCACAUUAGAAAAAAAAAAAAG